AUGGCCUGGGCUCCCAUCCGAGAGGCUCGCAGGCCACUCGGAGUCCACACCGCAGGCAACCUGGCCUGGCACCUUCAUGGGGAAGACCAUGAACAGCUGGCUACCCUGCCUAUCCCGUACCAGGGAGGGGACAGACUGUCACAGGAACUGGAAGGACACAGAUGGUGGCCAGGUCCGGCAUGGCAAGGACAGAGCUCUCGUCAUAAGCAGCGUGUCUGCUUCAGGGUGGCGGUGACUGUGCUCCCAGGGACUUAUGAAGUCACUCCUCAGUCUGAUGGCUCCAGUUCAAAGGUGAAAGUCAAGGUGUGAGUAAAUGUCCAUUGCAUCUUCAGUGUGUCCAGUGCAUCUCUAGUGGGAGUGCUCAAGUUUGAGGAAAAUGAGGAACCGAUGGAAACAGAUCAGAACGCAAAAGAGGAAGAGAAAAUGCAAGUGGACCAAGAGGAACCCCAUGCUGAAGAGCAGCAGCAGCAGCAGCAGCAGCACACACCAGCAGAAAAUAAGGCAGAAUCUGAAGAAAUGGAGACCUCUCAAGCUGGAUCAAAAGACAGAAAGAUGGACCAACCACCCCAAGCCAAGAAGGCAAAAGUGAAGACCAGUACUGUGGACCUGCCCAUUGAGAAUCAGCUGUUGUGGCAGAUAGACCGAGAGAUGCUCAACUUGUACAUUGAAAAUGAGGGUAAGAUGAUCAUGCAGGAUAAACUGGAGAAGGAGAGGAAUGUUGCCAAGAACACUGUGGAAGAGUAUGUGUGUGAGAUGAGGGACAAGCUUAGCGGCGAGUACGAGAAGUUUGUGAGUGAGGCUGAUCGAAACAGUUUUACCUUGAAAUUAGAAGAUACUGAAAAUUGGUUGUAUGAGGAUGGAGAAGACCAGCCAAAGCAACUUUAUGUCGAUAAAUUGGCAGAAUUAAAAAAUCUAGGUCACCCUAUUAAGAUGCGAUUCCAGGAAUCUGAAGAAAGACCAAAAUUAUUUGAAGAACUAGGGAAACAAAUCCAACAGUAUAUGAAAGUAAUCAACUCUUUCAAAAACAAGGAGGACCAGUAUGACAAUUUGGAUGCUGUAGACAUGAUGAAGAUGGAGAAGAGCACGAAUGAAGCCAUGGAGUGGAUGAAUAACAGACUGAAUCUGCAGAACAAGCAGAGUCUGACUGUGGAUCCCAUUGUCAAGGCAAGAGAGAUUGAAGCUAAAAUUAAGGAGCUGAUAAGUACCUGUGGGCCUGUAGUUUCAAAGCCAAAGCCCAGAGUGGAACCUCCAAAAGAGGAGCAAGAAGCCGCUGAGCAGAAUGGGCCGGUGGGCGGGCAAGGGGACGGCCCUAGUGAUGGCCCAGGCCCUCAGGCUGCAGAGCAGGGCACAGGCACAGCUGCGCCUUCGGGUUCCGACAAGAAGCUUCCUGCAAUGGACAUUGAUUGAUUCCAACCGUUGUUUCUAUUAAAAUAGACUGUUAUAAAA